AUGUCCCACUUUGUUCCUAGAACAUUCCUAUGUACACUAUUAUUAUGUGUAGUCCUAAAUCCUUAUAAUAGUGCUUCUUCCCCCAUAUGUACGGAAAACAGAAUAAAUCAUGAUGUCUUGAACAGCAAACGUGGAGCAUCCCUGCAGGCGCCAUAUGCGCCGUCGCAGGAUGAGGUAUACUGGCGAACUCAAUUUAAUCAACAGAACGAUGGUACAAAGUGUGCUGCUCCAAGGUAUUCAGACCCAGAGUAUGCCAAUCAGCAAAACUCUGUAAAAGGCAUGCCGGUACAGAGUACGCUCGUCCACAAAAUUCAGCCCAAUGGAUUGUUGGACAACUCUACAAAAUUGCAAAAUGUGCACUUAUACAGUGGGAGCAGUGUAAGGGAGGAUGUCAGAACAAAUGGCUUAACGGGAAAAAAAUUACAACAACAACAAUUACAUCAAGCACCAAACACGCAUCCAACACAAGCACCACCAUCAGAAGGACGUCCAUCUACACCACCACCACAACAACAGCAAGCACCACCAUCAGAAGGACGACCAUCGAACACACCAAACCCACCACCACAAGAAAUGGAAUAUCCACCUCAACAGCAGGCACAACAGGGACUGCAACCACCACCCCUUACAUCUACACCACGAGUACUACCGUCCAUAGACGUAUCGAACGGAGAUGGGAAACGGAGUCGAGUACCGUCCCUGUUAAAUGAAAUAAAAGAAACAUUAUUGAUCAGACCACAAAUAAUUGAAGCAAAAUUAAAAAAUUUAGAACAAGCUUUGCUAAAUAAUAAAUUAAUAACAGAAUCCAAAUUACAGGAAGUGAAGCAGGUCCUAUCCGAUAGGGAACUAAUAGGAAAAAAGAAAAGGAGCGUUUUCAAAGUCUUGAAGGAAAAUUUUUUAAGCAACCCAUCUAUACGAAAAUUAAUGCUAAAAGAAUUAGAAGACAUUUUGUUAGGAAAUGAAUUAAACACCGAAUACAUUUUAAGUGUAUUAAAUAAAAAUAAGUUUAGUAAGAGAUUGGCCUAUUUGCCUUUAUUAAAUAUAUUUGGAAGAUUCAUCAUCUCCAGAAAAUUAAUAGAUGAAUCGAAAUUAAAAGAGUUAAAAGGGAUUUUGCUAAGUGACCAACCCAUCACAGAAUCGCAAUUACAUGAAUUAAAAGUGUUGCUGGUGGAUGUAUUACAUAAUAUCACUAAUGCAGAUAAAAGCGCAACAUCACAAAAAAAAGUAAGUAAUUAUCACAUCAUUCGUCCUGUUCCUCCGGACGUGGAUGCGUAUUACUUAUCACAACGACCUUUUGAUUCAGCAAUCAAUGUGGAUGCGCGAUACCCUGACCAUCAUUUAUUGCAAAAUGUGCAUUCAAACAAGAAUCGUAACUCCUUGCCCAGAAGGGAAGCGUUACAUAUAGAACAUCCAUUGGUAGUAAGACGGACCAAUUUGAAAAGGAGAGAAAAUUUAUCUCUGGAGGUAGAUCGUUGGCGCAGGACAAAAAAAGAUGCACACUAUAAAAGAAAUGUGUCGCAAAAAGCAGAUUUGGUAAAAAAGAAUGAACUGCUAAAAAAGAAGGUUUUGAGGGAGGCCGAUUUGGUGAAAGAGAAUGACCUGUUGGAAAAGAGGAUCUUGAGAAAGGACCAUUUGAUAGGAACAAGUAAUCUGAAAAGAGGUCAUACCAUUUUUCUACCAAAAUAUGGAGACUCCAUAGAUGAAAAUUCAGCUAUAGACAGAAGAGAAAUAUUACAAAAAAAUGAGUUAAUAGAAAAAAUCCAUGUAAGGAAGGAUAUUAAGGAAUUGACACCAAAGAAGGAUUCGCUAGAAAAAGUUCCUGUGGAAAUCACCCCAAAAGACAAAUUACCACCAAAGGGCAAUUCCUUGGAAAAAGUGAUUCCUGUGCAAAUCACCCCAAAAGACGACAAAUUACCAAAGAGCGACCCUCUGGUAAAAGUUCCUGUGGAAAUCACCCCAAAAGACGACAAAUUACCAAAGAGCGACCCUCUGGUAAAAGUUCCUGUGGAAAUCACCACAAAGGACAAAUUACGAAAGAGCGACCCUCUGGUAAAAGUUCCUGUGGAAAUCACCCCAAAAGACGACAAAUUACGAAAGAGCGACCCUCUGGUAAAAGUUCCCGUGGAAAUCAUCACAAAGGACAAAUUAACAAAGAGCGAUGUGGCAAAUAAAACGGACAAAACAGAAAUCGAGCAAAUCACUAAAAAAAAACAAUGGACUAUAGAAAUACAUAUGAGUGGAAAAAAGCAAAAAGAUGAAAUAAUAACGAGUAAAAAGAAAAAAAAGAAAACUACUAUUAUAACCACGCAUAUGUGUGAAAGGAAUAAAAAAAAUGAACUCACAGACGACACCCUCGAUUCUAAAAGUAAAGAAGAUGAUAAAAAUGUGGAAGAAGAAGAAAAAGCGGUCGCUAAGAAGAAAAAAUUCAAGGUAGAUGUACAUUUAGAAAAGAAAAGAAAGAAAAAGGGAAAACCAGUUAUUAAAAAAAAAAAAUGGAUGAUUGAAGCAAUUAUGAAAAAUGUUGCCCCAAAGAAGGAGUUGGAAAUAUUAAAAGAAUUACCUGUGUCCCAUGUAAUUGAUGUAGACGUCAACGAUCCGUUAUACCGAACAAAAGAAGAAAUUCUUUUUGAGAGUAUUCUUGCGAACCCUAUAAAAGAACCUAGUAGAAAAAAAAAAAGAGCUCGACUUUUACGAAAAUUGGCUAUUUAUGGAUUAGUACCAACACUUGCUAUAGGAGCAAUAAUAGGUUUCACAAUAGGAUAUAUUCAUGUAGCGCCGGUAGAUGCUAUACUGGACUCUACAGCUUUAGGUAUUAGAACAACUGCAUCAUUGGUUCGAGAGAAUGUAUCUAAUAUUGCAGCUACAGCUGGGGAGUGUGCUACGAAGGCAGCGGGUUCAACCUUGUCGUCCGGUGGUUCACUUCUGGGUAUUCUUUCAAGUAUUGUACUUAAAGCUGCGGAAUGCACACUGAGCACUGCAGUAAGUACGGCAGAGGUCGUUGUUGAUGCCUCAUUUGAGGGUGCCGCGGUAGCUUCUUCCUAUGGUACAUUAUACGGCGUAUUACAAUCCUUGUUCCCAUCAUUAAUAGCUGUUUCAGUUGCAGUCCUCAUUUUUAUUCUAUUCUUAUAUCUAGAUGAAAGAGGCAAGAUGGAAUGGUUCCACAGGUAUAGAAGGAAGUUUAUGAAAAAUUUGAAGAGGAAAUAUAAUGAAUUCAAGAUGUCCAGAAAAGGAAAAAGGAGGAGAAAGUGGUAUAGAAAAUUUCUAUCUGAAAUGAAUACAUAA